UAUAUAUUUCUAAGCUAAAUAGCUAAAUUGUAGAUAAAGUACAAAAUGAAAAUAAUAAUAAAAAAAACUUUGUACUUAAGAACAGUGUCUGUAAAUCUAAAAAUGUAAAACACAUUAAUUGGUCAGAGUUUAAUUGGCAGCAUUAUCCGUCAAUGAUGUGUACAAAUCAUCUCAUAUAUGCACCUGGCAGUUUUCUCGCUGCAUCGUAGCUGUGUGACACAGCGCCAGCAGCGGAGAGAAUUGGAGGAGGUGGGGGUAAAGACGGAGUGAACACAGCGAGACAGGCACUCUAAUCAGUGACGUGCUCACCAGCUUCGUGGACAGAGCCCUGGUGCUGGAAGAAGUGGAGAAGGAGAAGUGCACCGGGAGGACAGACUGCGUGAAAAUCCAGGAGCAAUAAAAAAACAAACAAACAAACCAAGAAACCACGAGGAAAAAGAGGCUGAACAAAAAUGGGAGGAAGAGAAAGAGAGACAAAGAGGGAGACCACCGAGGGGAGAGAAGUCAUUCAGAGCAGUGAGUGAAAAAGAAGCUGGAAACUGACAAGGGCGCUGAGGAAGGAAAGCAAACGGCCAAGUCUGCACCGAAGGAGGACAGAACCGUGGACAAACUGAAAAAGAAAGACAAGAAGGAGCAAGAAGAAGACAAGGAGGCUGACAGGAGGUUGAGAUAAGGAAGAUUGACUGCUGUCAAAGCUAAGAAAAGGAGGAGGAUAAGAGCACAAGGGCAACUUUGAUGAAUUUUAUUCCGGAGUCUCUUGAAAAGGAAUAAAAAUGAAAGGAUAGGAAUUCACAUUUAAGACGCUGUCCUCCAGGAGAGGGGGACGCACAGCACGAGAGAAAGGAAAAGAAGAGAGGGGAAACAGCAGAAUGAUGAAAGAGGAGGAAUGUUGAGCGUGACACAACAGAUUAUCUGUGGUAAGGUUUCCCGCAGGAGUGUCCGUGUGUGCAUGUCUGCGCCUCCUGCUUCGCAUGAAAGUGAAUUCUAGCGUGUCGCGCACUGUUGCUGUGCUGCUGUAAGGCUCGGCCGCUACGUAAUGAAGCCAGCUCUUGUUUAUCUGCAGGACCUUAUAACUGUGUGUAAUGUGGCAAGAGGGACGAGGGCGAACCAGCCGAGGGAGACGUGGAUGCAAAAGUGAGACUGCAAAGUGGGACAAGCAAAUGAGCAGGAGUUCCUGUGGAAUGUCUGUUCAACCUCGGACUUAGCGAUUACUGUUGUGAUCACAGUUCAAACACAAGGCUGACCAAACUUUAAUGGCCCUACAACAUUUCUGUCCUUCGGUGGUGUUCUUGCUGAUGUUUUGUAUUCCAUCCUCUCUCUCCUCCUUCCUGCUCCACUUGCUGAUGCUCUGCAUCUCUCAUCCCCUCUUGUUUGCUCUUACACUGACCGUGGAGAAUGCUGAAGGUGCUCAUGUAAAAGCCACACUCCCUGGAGCACAUUUCCCUAUCGGAAUGUUCGCCUGUUCUCCCAUUUAGUUGAAUGAUUGUGUUACCACAUCGAGAGAGCAGAGAGCAUUCACCAACAAGUAGCUGUUAAUCAGAGCCGACUUUAAAACACACUGCUUCCCACAAGAGUACUACAGGGCACUAGAGAGUGCAGUGCUGUGGUCCAGACUCUGUGGCUCAAUAACACUCUCUGAGUUAUAAACAAAUAUCCUGGUGUGGAUUACCGUAGUGGAUUUAUCCUGGAGCUACAUGUGGGCCCCAUCCCCAGGGGCCUGGCUGGGAAAUGAAGCCUUUCCCGUGGCUGUAGGAGUCCUCUCGGCAGCUAUGGCCCUAGAAGGGCGCUGUCUCCGAAGUGGAUCGCCGGCUAUGAUCAGAAAGGGCUGUCGGCAGCAUCCUAGAAAGCCAACUUUGGCCCGGGUCACUUCUUCUCUACUUUCAAGGACACGUCUUCAUGGCCUGAGGCAUGUUUGCGUCCCCGGUGGCUCAAUGGGCCGCAGGGCGUUCUGGCUCCUUGCCCUCUGCACCUCUGUAGGACUUCUCUUAUCCUGGUCCUCAAACCGCCUCCUCUACUGGCUUUCUUUUCCGACAUACACGCGAGUCCACACCGAGUGGGCUAAGGAACUGGCUUUCCCCUCGGUCACUAUCUGUAACAACAACCCCAUACGCCUGUACAAACUUACUAAGAGUGAUUUGUAUUUCGCCGGCCACUGGUUGGGCCUGCUGUUAGCUAACCGGACCGUGAAGCCUAUGGUCCUGGACCUUCUUCAGGACGACCGCCGCGCGUGGUUCAGGAAGCUUACAGAUUUCCGGCUCUUCCUCCCUCCCAGAGACUUUGAGGGAACCAACCUGGAGUUUAUGGACAGACUCAGCCACCAGCUGGAUGACAUGCUUCUCUACUGCAAAUACAAGGGAGAGCCCUGUGGAGCACACAACUUCACUUCUGUGUUCACCAGAUACGGGAAGUGCUACAUGUUCAAUGCUGCCGAGGAGGGAAAAAUGCUCCGGACCACCAUGAAGGGAGGCACAGGAAACGGCCUGGAGAUCAUGCUGGACAUCCAGCAGGAUGAGUACCUGCCGGUGUGGGGAGACACAGAGGAUACAGCCUUUGAAGCUGGUGUGCGAGUGCAAAUCCACAGCCAGGCGGAGCCGCCGUUUGUUCACGAACUGGGAUUCGGAGUUGCCCCCGGCUUCCAGACUUUCGUUGCCACACAGGAGCAGAGGCUGACCUAUCUGCCUCCACCAUGGGGAGAGUGUGAAUCAAAGCCUCUGCAGUCUGGGUUUUUUGAGGUCUACAGCGUAACCGCCUGCAGAAUCGAUUGUGAAACACACUACAUUGUGGAGAACUGCAACUGCAGGAUGGUUCACAUGCCUGGUGAGGCUCCAUACUGCACACCUGAACAGUACAAAGACUGUGCUGAGCCUGCUCUGGCCAAACUGUCAGCCACGGAGAGCAGUAACUGCAUGUGCAGGACCCCGUGCAACAUGACCCGCUACAAUAAGGAGUUGUCCAUGGUCAAAAUCCCCAGCAAGACCUCGGCCCGCUACCUGCAGAAGAAGUUCAACAAGACAGAGAAGUACAUCUCAGACAACAUCCUUGUGUUGGACGUGUUCUUCGAGGCACUGAACUACGAGACCAUUGAGCAGAAGAAAGCCUAUGAGGUGGCAGGCCUGCUGGGUGACAUUGGUGGACAGAUGGGUCUCUUCAUCGGAGCCAGCAUCCUCACCAUCCUAGAGCUGUUUGACUAUGCUUACGAGGUGGUGAAGGACAGGAUACUGGAGUUACUGAGCCGAGAGGAGGAGGAAGAGAGUCAUGGAGAAGAUGUUAGUUCCUGUGACCCAGUGGCCAACCACUCAGAGUCCAUCAGCCACACUGUGACAGUUCCACUGCAGACGACGCUGGGAACUCUGGAGGAAAUCGCAUGCUGAGUCUGUCUCCCUUCCCCUCAGAGCCACAGGCGUCCAGAGGUGGCCAUCCACUAGGUGGCACUACAUCCUCUGUUGGGACCUCGAGCAUGAAACAACUUAGCGGCUGGGGGGAAGAGAUGAGGGCAAGAGCGGGGGUGGGUCUGAGAACAGCACUGUAGUCUGUCACACCUCCAUGUGUGAGGUGCUAAUGGGUAUUAAGGAGCUGUCGGCUGGAGUUUUCAGCCCGCUCUAUCUCCCAGUACUGGAGGAGUGCAAGUGUGGCUUCCACUGUGCCAGACCUGCACUCGGUCUGAGUCUCAACAGACACGGCACAGAUCCUUGGCGGAGGAACUUUCCAUGAGGGACUCAUCCUCGUGCAGCAUAUCGAUGUAACAAACACAUUCGUAUGUCGCUCACUGCCAAAUGAAGUGUAAAUUAUUGGUUUUGAACUGUCCAAAACUGCAUGCAUCAAUAUCUCUGCUCUCUUGCUGCUGGUGCAUACGUCGGACUGCUGUUUGCUUUGUUGUGGGAUAUUGACAUCAACCUUUAAAUGUACAGAUUCAACAUAAGGGUUGUUUUAAACCAUGGUCAGGUUUGACCAGUCGAUUUCAAAAAAUCAACCGAUUUGUCAGAUCUUACAUGAUUUUUUUUUAGGGUAAAAGUAAGGGUCAGGAGUGAGGAGGAAGGUCAUCUAAUUUUUUUAAUGACAAUCCAAACCUAAUUUAAAUUUAAAGAUGGUACCGUCUGCAUUUUGUAUGUAUGUAAUUUUCAGUUUCAAGCACAUUUGCUGUACGUCACGAGAUUUAAACAAACUAUUUUAGUAGGGCGUCCUGCACUUCAUCAUCAACAUCUGCGUCUUCACAGCAGUACCAGGAUAUUUUAGUACUAACAACCAUUUUCAAGAAACAACAGUGUUUUUAGGUGACCGUUUUUGUCAAAAUGCAGAUUGAAUGAGCCGUCAAGAACCUCGAAUGUCACCAAUGUUUUAGAAUUGAAGUUUUCAUUUUGUUCAAGUGGAUUAUUUUCAACCCUCAAGUACAACAACGGGUUUUUUACUUUCAACAUUUCCUAAAGUUGCAACAAAAAAACAAUUCAGUCUGAGCUAAGCUGAGAUUUUCACCCUCCUUAGUCCUGUCCUCCCCAUCAGUCCUAGCUGUGCAGCCGAGAUUCUCUGGGGACCAUAAACAGUCCUGAUACCUCUAUUUAAUCCUGGCACUAGAUCCUUCAGUGGAAACCCACAGUUGCAGGCGGUACAAUUGAAGCUGCACUCGUGGCAGCUCUGUGUGGAUUGGUCCCUAAUUCUCCUGAUUUAUCCAAUGAGACCUAAGUGAACCAUGCUGGUAUGAUGAAUAUUUUUUUGUUAUUAAUUGUUUGUAUUUAUACUGUGAAAUCAUCUGCUUACAAUCAUCAAUGAAAAGUACUUUUUUUCUCAAGAAAUUUUCUGGUGUUUUUACACCGAGGUUGUUAAAUCUGAAAAGGUUACACCUUGGAUCUGACCUCCAGUCUGAACCCAAACAUCUUCACCUGGUCCACCUCAUAUAAUUUAUCACUGUCUCUGCAGCGACAGUUUUUUAUUUUUUAUUUUUUUCAGAAAUCUCAGUCAGAGCAAGAGGGUUAUUGGGCCCAAAAAGGCCCCCCAGGCCAGAAGUUCGAGACCCCUGCCUUACCAACCCUGUAGUAAAACUACAAAAUUUGUCCAAUUCUGUUAUCCAUGGGUUUUUAAUAACUAGGUGUUAAGACUUGGAGUCGACCACUUGUCAUUUCACACUCAGACUGAAGUUAAUGCUGGUUGAACUUGGCAGAAUAUCAAACUGGAGGACAGACGGGAGGAUGUGUACUUAUUACUGCAGUAAAUUGAUAUUACUAGAUUAUCGUAAAACUGAGAAUGUCAGCCUGCUCUUCAAAUGAGUCAUCAUAAUUCUUACCAGACACAGGCUUGAAGAUUUUAGCCGUCAUGAUAAUAAAGCACCAACUCCGCAUCUGUGCAGAUGCUGGACGCCAAGUUAGGGUUGGAAUAAGAAAAAGUGGAUUUUCUUUUAUUUCAAAGCCUAAGAAGCAUCUAGGACGAGAGGUGAAAUCUUUUCAACCAAACUGAGAGUUCAGUUUCCACUGACUUAACAGUCAGUGAUGCACUAUUUGGAAAGUUCAGCCAGAGUGUUUGUUUUUUUAUGUGUGAAGAUACUGGCUCUGCUUUGUAACAUUGUAAAUAUCUAGUCUGUUUUGUUGUUUUCAGAAAAGCGGCUACCAUGAAGAUGUGCCUGGAAUCUAAUUUUUAAAAAAAAAGAAAAAGGUUGGUGAACAUAAGCUUCUGAUCCUGAAGUGACUUUAUAACUGUCACAUAUUGUCUGAGUUUUUCUCAGUCUGCAGCACUCGGUAUUUGAAAAUGUUCUCUCUAGCAGGCAGCAGCAGUUUAAAGGGGACUGGAUGUAAGGCUAAAAAGGAAGGACACACUCUGUCAGGCCUCUUUUGCACUCCAGGUCUACCUGAACCUUUACUCUCCUCAGAAACAACACUGACUUAUAUAUGCUGUAUGGCUGUACACCAAAAGCUUGUGUGAGACCAGUUGGAGGAG